AUGUUGCGCGCUGCGACCGUCCUCCACUCCCGCGCCCAGUGGCGCAAGGCGACGAGCUCCGUCGGCCAGCACCUUCGCUUCGCCAACCAGUCGUCGGGCCUGCCCGUCCGCGCCGCCUUCUCGACGCUCGCCCCGAGCGACGAGUCGACGUCGCUGACAACGCCGGCGCCGACGUCGGAGCUGGACCCGGUCAUGCUCCAAAACGGCGUGGACUUUGUGCAUACGGCGAUUUCGCCGGCGACCGCCGAGAUGGGCUACUCGCUUGCGGAGAUUGCGGUGCGCGUCUUGGACGUGGCCCACGUGACGACGGGCCUUCCGUGGUGGGCGACGAUCAUUGCGACGACCGUCGCGGUCCGCUCGGUGUUUUUCCCGAUUUCCGUCAUGUCGAUGCGCAACUCGGCGCGCAUGAACAUCAUGAAGCCCAAGCUCGAGAAGCUCCAGGAAGAGAUCAAGAGCUCGCAGGAAGCGUACGACCCGAAGAAGAUGGCCGAGUUCCGCGCGCGUGCCAAGAACCUCUUCAAGGAGCACGAAGUGCGUCCGUUCAUGUCGUUCCUGAUGCCGCUCUCGCAGCUGCCGAUUUUUUUGGGCUUUUUCUGGGGUCUCCAGGAAAUCUCGACGCACAUUCCCGAGUACGCGGGCGAAGGCACGCUGUGGUUCCAGGACCUCGCGGCGCCCGACCCGCUCUAUGCGCUCCCCGUCAUCUCGUCGGCGCUCAUGAUUGCGUCCAUGGAGGCGGGCGGUGACGGCCUUCCGAAGGAGUACCUCUCGCAGGCCAAGAUGGGCAUGCGCAUGGUGGCCCUCAUCAUGGUGCCGGUCGCGACAACGUUCCAGUCGGGCAUCCUCGUCUACUGGGUGACGUCCAACUGCUUUACGCUGACCCAAACGAUGCUGCUCAAGGUGCCGGCCGUGCGCUCGGCCCUUGGCAUCCCGAGCGUCCAGGCGUUGACGCCGUCGUUUUCGACGUCGGCGACGGCCGUGUCUCCGUUCCAGGCUGCGGUCGCCCAGGCGCAGAAGGGCAAGACGGUGCAGACGUUUGCCAACAAGCCCAAGGCGGCCAAGAAGCAAUAG